AUGGUUAGAAAGGUUUUGGUUGAAAUCAUUGAAGGCAAAAACCCAGGAGAAAAGGUUUUGAACAAAAUAGAUCUUCCAGGUGCUGAACCUAAUCGAGUUUCCCAGGAGAUUGAGGAGGUUAGUCUACUGGACAAGAGAAAAUAUAUACAUGUUUUUGUUGUCGGAUUAGAUUGUAGCAAUGCAAUUUACUGCUCAGCAAAGGUUGGUUUUCAGUUGAUUUUCUUUGAAGGAAUGGGUAUUGCAGAGAUUUUGAAUGCAAUUGUUCAAAGGAUUCCCCCGCCUCGUGAUACUGCUGAAAGACCUUUCAGGGCUCUAAUAUUUGAUAGUUACUAUGAUUCAUACAGGGGUGUCGUUGUAUAUUUUCGAGUCAUUGAUGGAACAAUAAAGAAAGGUGACCGAAUCAUUUUUAUGGCAAGUGGGAAGGAUUAUUUUGCUGAUGAAAUUGGAGUUUUAUCUCCCAAUCAGUUGCAAGUUGGCGAAUUAUAUGCUGGUGAGCCAGAGACUAGUAAUGACUAUUUGUUUCUAUGUAUUGCCAUCGUAAUUCAUACUAGGGGCAGAGGCAACACUUUGUUUUCGUUGGAUGGAGCAGCGGUCACUGGUGGCUUUAACGAGAGAAAAUCAACGGCUUCAACAGGUGGCUUUAACGGUAGUUUCAACUAG